GUGUAAAGUGAGAGAGUAGGAGGAAUAGAGCGGGAAGUAAAUAGCAGUCCAUUAGCAAAGGAGCUAAGUUUGGGAGAAGCAAUGAGGGGAAGAAAAUGGCUACAACUCAUCCCUCGCCGACUUCACUUCCAUCGGUUCAGCUCAUUCACUUCCUUUGCCCCUCCUCCUCCUGCUUCCCCUCUUCGCAGAGUUGUUGUUACUGGUCUAGGGAUGGUGACUCCCCUGGGAUGUGGUGUGGAAGCCACAUGGAAGAGGCUAAUAGAAGGGGAAUGCGGUGUAAGAGCAAUAUCCCCUGAUGAUUUGAAGAUGAAUGGUUUUGACCCAGAAGUUAAGUCGUAUACAUUUGAUCAAUUGACUUCCAAAGUUGCUGCAAUUGUGCCCUGUGGUUCUAAUUCAGGUGAAUUCGACGAGCAGCUGUGGCUAAACACUAAGGAGCAUAGAUCAAUCGCAAGAUUUAUAGGAUAUGCACUGUGUGCUGCAGAUGAAGCUCUUAAAGAUGCUAAUUGGAUGCCUACUGAGCAGGAUGAGAAGGAACAGACGGGAGUCUCCUUAGGUGCUGGAACUGGAAGUAUCAGUGACAUAUUGGAAGCAUCAAGAAUGAUCUGCGAAAAGAAUGUACGACGGCUUAGUCCAUUUUUCAUUCCACGGAUAUUGAUUAACAUGGCUUCUGGUCAUGUAAGCAUGAAGUAUGGAUUUCAGGGACCAAACCAUGCUGCAGUGACAGCUUGUGCCACUGGAGCUCAUUCAGUUGGUGAUGCUGCCAGGAUGAUUCAAUUUGGAGAUGCAGAUGUGAUGGUUGCAGGCGGGACAGAAGCCAGCAUUGAUGCUUUAUCUAUUGCUGGAUUUUGUAGGUUAAGAGCAUUGACUACCAAGUAUAAUUCAACACCACAGGAAGCCUCCAGGCCAUUUGAUUGUGGUCGUGAUGGAUUUGUGAUAGGUGAGGGUUCUGGUGUCAUGGUGUUAGAGGAACUGGAGCAUGCAAGAAAACGAGGAGCAAAAAUAUACGCAGAGCUGCGUGGCUAUGGAACAUCAGGUGAUGCACAUCACAUUACACAACCAAAUAUUGGUGGAAGAGGUGCAGUUUUAGCUAUGACACGUGCUUUGAAGCAGUCUGGUCUUCAUCCUAGUCAAGUGGAUUACAUAAAUGCUCAUGCUACAUCUACACCCCUUGGUGAUGCAGCAGAAGCCAAUGCAAUAAAACAUGUCUUCUCCGAUCAUGCUACAUCAGGGGCUCUGUCCUUGUCCUCUACGAAGGGUGCCAUCGGCCAUCUUCUUGGAGCCGCUGGAGCUGUUGAAGCAAUUUUUACUGUCUUGGCAAUACACCAUGGCAUCGCGCCUUUGACGCUGAACCUUUCUGAACCAGAUCCAGUUUUUAAUGGCGGUUUCAUGCCUUUGACUACUUCAAAGGAGAUGGCCAUUAAAGCUGCUUUAUCAAACUCAUUUGGCUUUGGAGGAACGAAUUCUUGCUUGCUUUUUACUUCAACCACCUGAUACUGAUAUAAUUAGCCAGAAAGCCCAGCUGGAACAAGAGUUUUGUUAGGCUUUAAAACUAUGGUUGACCAGGUGAGGUAAACAAAAGCCGUCCCGCCCCAUCCCAAUAAUCAAAUACAGGUGCGAGUAAGUGGAAGAAAGAAUGGGGGUUUUGAGGGCUAUAGCUUGCUUAAAGUAAACGUUUUAGCCAACUCUUUCUUGCCUUGAAGCUCCAGUUUCAUUCUGAUUUCUUUGAUUUUUUUAAUUUAUUAUCAUUAUUGUAGUUCUGUUGGUUUUUCCUUAGAUGUGUCUUGAGAACCAAGCAGAAAAUGUAUUGAACUUCUAGUGCUAGAGAACCUAUUUUUUUCAAAUAUUGGAUUGAGAUGGGUUUAGAUGGAGAGACACGGAUAAUAGAGAUUUUAUAAUUCCGAGCUAGAUUGGGAUUGAUGCGUAGUUAUUGUUGUCUUGUGACUACAUUGGUGGACACAUUACCUUAUAAAAAAGUAAGUUCUGUUUUUGGCUUUAUUU